AGAAGUACUUAGGUACAACAAGCGUACCUAAGAGUACGGAAACAAUAAUUAAUCAGUAUUUCAACGCAAAACCUGUUACAGAACGGUCAACUUACCGCUGAAAUAUUAAUUUAGACAAAAAUAACGUACUUGGCCAGAUUUCUUGUGCAAAUGGGCAACUCAUGCGACAUGCCGCCCCCACCUCCACCACAUGGACCCCAUCACUGGCCGCCGCACCACGGGCCGCCCCAUCAUGGGCCACCCCAUGCAGGACCAUACGGGCCACCCCAUCACGGUCCACCCCAUCACCACGGACCUCACCACCAUUGCCCACCGCAUCACGCACCGCCCCAUCACGGACCUCCCCAUCACCACGGACCACCCCAUCACCAUGGACCACACCACCAUGGACCACACCAUCAUGGACCACAUUGGGCCCGAUAGGUCCUUAUGGAUCCCACCUAUUCUUUUAAGGAAAUUUUAAUCUUAAAUACAUAUAAAUGAAAGUGAUAUUCCAAUAAAGUCGUAUCCUAGCUACGUAUUGUGAAAGUUUUCUUUUUAAUUACGUAAGUUAAUCGCUGACUUCACGGUGAAUUAAGAUCCAAGGAAUAUAGAUAAAAAUGUUAAUGUUGUUUUAAAUUAAACUCGGAACAGUUGCUGUAGGUAAUUUAAUUAAAGGCCAGUUAGGAUUCGCAACUAUUAAUUUAUUCCAAGCAACUCAGAUGAUCUGUUGAAGUAUUUUAUAUUUGAUUUUAAUAAAAUUUGACUAUGUCUACAGAA